AUGUCAUAAUAUUUGGACAUGUGACGUGGCUGCACAUCUGGUUUUCUCCCCUAGAAAGAAAGAAAGUCCAUCAGUUUUUGAGAAGUGCUGAAACAAGAACUGACCAUGAAAGCACUCGCUCUUCUCCUCUGCCUGGUCUUAUUGACCUUCUGCACAGAAGCAAAUCCUCUGGUGAAGGAAAACUUCGCAAAGCAACUUCUCCGCAGUAAGAGACAGAAGCCAGGUUAUCCAGAUGAGCCGAUGAGGGAACACAUGUUGUAUAUGCAGCAGUUGGAGCUGAGAGCUCGUGAGACGAAUCUUGAAAACUGGCUGAAUCCCCAUUGCGCUCCUCGCUGUAACCGUAACUAUGGUUACCCUGUGUAACCAUCCAACAACUCCAUCAGUAUGAAGAUGGUGAUGAAGAUUAUGAAGAUGAAGAUGACGUCGAGCCUUGAAAAUGUUAAUUUUUAGCUUAUUUGCAUCAAAUACAGCAAAAAUAAUAAUGUCCACUCACAUCUCCUACAGUAGCCUAUUCAUUGCAGCAUGUUUAUUAACUCAACACCAGGCUUUCCCCCCUGUGUAGAUGCAUGCAUUUAGAGAUUUAUGCAAAAAAAAUAAAUAAAUAAAAAAAAAACUAACAAAAAAGGUUUUCGGCUUAUCCUAUAAUAAUAAACAUCUGCUUAGCAUU